GGGCGGGGCUUAAAGCGUCUCUUCCGCGUUGGCACUUUCGCAGGUGCUGAAGCUCCACGUCAGUGUCACCAGCUAAGUUGUUUGGAGCGAGGGCAGCCGGGCAUCUGUGAAGGCAGCAGUUUCGAGUCCGGCAACAUGUUAGCGGCUGAUGCUGAUGAGGCCUACGAUUUUCUUUUCAAGAUAGUUCUAAUCGGUGACGCCGGCGUGGGCAAAACGUGCGUAGUACAGCGCUUCAAAUCAGGGAUCUUCGUGGAGAGGCAAGGAAAUACCAUUGGCGUUGACUUCACCAUGAAAACUGUGGACAUUCAGGGAAAGAGAGUUAAGUUGCAAAUCUGGGAUACUGCUGGACAGGAGCGGUUUCGCACCAUUACUCAGAGUUACUACCGUAGCGCUAAUGGGGCAAUCAUUGCAUACGACAUAAGUAAAAGCAGUUCCUUUCACUCUGUGCCACGAUGGAUUGAGGAUGUCCGGAGAUAUGCUGGCUCCAACAUUGUACAGCUUUUAAUUGGUAACAAAUCAGAUUUAAAUAAUUUGCGAGAAGUUCCCUUUGAUGAAGCUGAAGCUUUGGCAAGGCAAUACGAGGCCAUUGAUGCCAUUGAGACGUCAGCCAAGGAUGCAAGCAAUGUGGAGACGGCUUUUACCAAAAUGGCCACAGAACUCAUGGUGCGGCAUGGUGGUCCGGUGUUCACAGAUGCUGGCGUAGAUACCAUUAAACUAAACAGCAAGGAUGUUGGGGACAGUUGGAGCUGUGGAUGCUGACCUGAACCAGGAGCUGUUAUGGAGUCUGGAUAGCAUUCUUGUAAAGCAGUGGACGUUUCAACAUUUCAGUUAGCCUAAGGCUAUUGGCAUAAUACUGGACAAGUGUCCAGUGUAGAAGUAAUCAAUGUGAGGCCAAAACAGACUCUUUCAAUAGUUUCCC